ACCCUGAGGCGGCACUGUGCUGCAUUUCACAAGGCUGACUAUCGCAGCUGGUGCAGCAAGAAUAACUUCAAAUCCAUGCUCCCAGAUGACAUAGAGGCUAGAAAUACUGCCGCUUCACUUGCCACCAUGACUCAGGGCAGUCUAGAUGGCCAUGUUCGUGCAAUUGAACCAGGUGAACAAGUGGUGCCCUAUUCCAGUUCGCUUUUUCGAGAGGCAGCUGUUGAUUGGCUUACUGCCACAAAUCAGCCAAUUAGAGCACUUGAGCAUUCAAGCUUCAAGUACAUGAUAGAUGUUGCAUCUAGGGCAACAAAAGGUCUUAUUAUCCCCAAUCGUCGAGCCACCAGGGGCGAAAUCAUCCUAAGAUUCAAGAGAAGAAUGACUUUCUUAAAAGAGCGCCUCAAUGUGAGUAUCCUCCUUAUUUUUCUGCUCUAA